CUUUGUGAGUGCCGAACAUGUCCUCCACACAAUCCUGCACCCUUUGUGACAUGAAUGCAAAUGUCAGAGGGUGCAGAGAUUUGAGUGCCCAACAUGAGCUCCACAUUUGCUCCCGCAACAACCCUCCCACCGCCGAACGGUCUGCAUUUAAAAUAAUUCGGCAGUAAAACUGCCGAACUAUACCCGCGGCCACCUCAAAUUGCUACCUUCUUAUUAUCCUAUCAAGUUUAUUUUCACUCUCGUCUCAAAUUGCUGCCUUCUUAUUAUCUCUAUUAUCAAUUUUAUUUUCACUCUCGUCUCAAAUUCACCUCAAAUUGCUCCGGAUAAGUAGAGAUGUCAAAUGCUAGCAAAAAUUGCCUCCACAAGAAAUGCCCAUCCAUGGAAGACGACUUAAAGAAGGCAGCAGAACAAGGCAUAUUCGAUCCAUUUAAUGAACAUUUAGAUCAUCUUGAUUGCAUAGUCACAGAAAAUGGAAACACGAUACUUCAUGUGCAUCUUCGCAAGUUGCUAGGAAAAAAAUCUGAGGAGUUUAUGAGACGAGUAGUUGGCAAUUGCCCCAAGUUGUUAACGCAGGAAAAUUGCGACGGUAAUGCUCCGUUGCACAUAGCAGCUAGGCAAGGGCGUACCGAUGUAGCGGAGGAGCUAAUUAGACUGGCUGAUGACUUAUAUGGAGGGAAUGUAGAAGCAGUGAGGGAGAUGUUAAGGAAGAAAAAUAAUAAGGAAGAAACGGCCUUGCAUGUCGCAGCACGAAAUGAUAAAAGUGUGGGUGUUGUUAAAGCAAUAUUGAGAAAGGAAGAUACUCAGUUUGAUUGUUAUGUAAAUGAUAAAAGUGUGGGUGUUGUUAAAGCAAUAUUGAGAAAGGAAGAUACUCAGUUUGAUUGUUAUGUAAAUGAUAGUUUGGAAACUCCUCUUGAAUUGGCUAUUGAAAACUCAUGUACACAUAUAGUAGCUGAAUUGUUAAAUCAUUUCGAUUCUCAAUCUCUGUACACAUAUACUCAGGUUCUCGACAUGUUUGAUGGUUCGGUGAUGCAUAAGGCAGUAAAACGCUGGAAUACAGAGAUAGUACGUUUGCUGUUGGAGAAAGAGAGUGGUUUGGCCAAAAUAGAAAAUGAUAUGGGAUGGACUCCACUUCAUAUUGCUGCAUUUGAAGGUUGUAGCUCAAUGGUGUCAACUCUAUUAAACAAGGACAAAUCUAUUGCCUGCAUUACAACUGGUUGGACAGCUCUUCACAUUGCAGCCUUACGUGGCUUCAAGCACGUAGUGAAUGAGAUUAUUACUAAAUGUCCAGAGUGUUGUGAAAUCACUGACGAUAGAGGCUGGAACGUUCUUCACUUUGCAGUAAUGAGCGAAAAUGAUGAAUUACUGAAAAUGAUCCUUGAAAAUUCAUCGUUGGCUUACCUUAUAAUCGGAGAAGAUAAUGCAGGGCAUACGCCUGUUCAUCUCUUCAAGUCUCUUAAUAUCCCUUUGCCUUCUUUCAUACUCGAUGGAGAUACUGAUGGCUUCAUUCUUUGGAAGGACUCAUACAAUGAAAUCCGUGAAGAUUUUACGAUGAAGGAUAUGGCAGUUAUGAAAAAUAUCACGCGUGCAGAUAAAGAAAUUGACGGUGAAGAUGCGGAGAUUGAAUAUUACCAUUCGGUCAGUCACCUCACGAGUUCAGAUAAUUCAGCUGACACUUUCAAGAUUGUGAAACAUGAUUCGGAGAAUAUAAAAAAAAUGAGGAAAAAGAGAGAAGAAAGGAUAAUACUUCAUUUAGAAAAAGCCAAAGACUCUCAUUUGGUGGUUGCAACACUUAUUGCAACCGUAACCUUCGCGGCAGCUUUCACCGUGCCUGGUGGCUAUAUAAGUGAUAAAGAAGAUUCAGAGAAAGGGACUCCUAUCCUGAUAAAAAAUUUAGCUUUUAAAGCAUUUAUUAUAUCAGACGCCAUGGCUAUGGUUCUUUCAACUUCUUCUGUCUUUAUCUACUUUAUUAUGGUAAUGCUAGGAUCUAAACCAAAAUACCAUUGGUUAAUAAAAACUGCCUUUAGGUUUAUCUUCCUUGCCAUGGGAGCAAUGGUGGUUGCAUUUGUUACAGGCACUUGCGCAGUUCUGGCACCUUCCAUGGAGCUUGCCAUUGCCACUUGUGUUACUGGAUUGAGCUUCUUCCUCUUUUUCUUUUAUAUCUUCAUAAGGUUAUUACGUGAUUUUCUUCUUCAUAGUCUUGAUGAUGAUGAUGGAAGGAAUUUAACUCUCUCGUGGUUAAGUUGCGGAAAAUGGUGGUUGAAGAAUUAUAUAUCAAGAAGGUGGUCGGAGAGCAAUGAAUUAAAAAGUUAUGAGCAAGUGAAUAUCCUAAAACAUCCAUGAUCCAUUCUUAUUAUUGCAUUGCUAUUCACUAUCUAUUCGCUAAUAGCAUGAGAUCACAAUAAUGUCCAUGCUUCCUAGUGUACAUUAUAAUAAUGUAUUCCUAUGGUUGUUGUUUCCUAGCUACCUUGAAGGUUGUCUUCUGUGUAUGACUCUAUCAUCGGUUCUAUUAAUGUUUUUC